AUUAUCCUGGGCGCGUUCUCAGCUUGUUUAUUCGGCUCACUUACUGUCUCCAGUGUUUAGCGCUCUGCGAUGUCUCAGGAUGUUAGUGCGGCUCACUGUCUCUAGUGUGUAGCGCUCGCUGGUUCUCCCAGUAUGAGCCUGCUGAGCUCUCUCCCUCCACGUCACGUGUAUCCAGAAAUUAAAAGUAAAAAGAUGAUGAAAAGAAGUCACAAAGAAAAGUACAGAUUAAAGUGUCUGCGGCUAAAACGAGUUGCCAAAGCGAUGAUAUUUGAAAACGCAUCUCUUUCGGAUGAAAUUGCUCGAGUUGAAAGUAAAUUCAUCAAAGCAAAGGACGAAAGACGGUUUUUAAUAAAGCGACUUCUGCAGCUUCAAGCUUUAGGGGAAGACGAUCCCUUGGCAUCUCAUAACUCCAGUUUGUCGCUUAGUUACAACAUGCCCGAUCUGACCGGAGCAAGCGAGGGCAGCGCAGACAUAUGUCCGUCAACUGGUGACGAAGCUUUGGGUAAAAAACUAAAGAAAGACAAAAGAGAAAAAGGAAGAGACACUAAGUCUGAAGCUGUAAAGAAAUCUACAAAAAAGGUGCGAGCUCCUGAAGGCAGCUGUAAAAAAUGGGUCCAACCCAUUCCUCUCGAUUCGUGUGGACGGCCCGUGUUCCCGAUCACUCUGGAUGGUCUGACCGUUUAUAGUCUCGGCGAGAUUGUUUCCGAUCGACCCGGCUUCCAUGAUAAAGCUGCCAUUUAUCCUGUCGGCUUCUGUAGCACAAGAGUGCAUGUCAGUAUGAGAAACCCAGACCAGCAGUGUCUUUAUACUUGUCAAAUAAAAGAUGGUGGCACAGGACCACAGUUUGAGAUCGUUCCUGAAGACGAUCCGCAGAGUUCAAUCGUGGCGAGUUCUGCGCACGAAUGUCACGCUAUCCUAUUAAAUACAAUCGCAACAGCACGGGGAAAGCGGACCUCUACGCCAAGCUCUGAUCACGCUGGGGCGUAUUUCUUCGGAUUUACACAUCCCACCAUUCAAAAUUUAGUCCAGAGUUGUCCGGGAGCUCGCAAAUGUUUAAGCUACCAGUGGGUGAAAUUUGAAGUCUGCAAAUCGGGGGAUGGACAUAUCCCACAGGAGUCGUGCGAAAAUAGGUCAUCUGUACAAAUACAGGCUUUUCAAAGACAGUCGUUUGAAGAAAUGAAAAAUGAUAAUGUCUUAUCAGCAAGAACAUUAGAUCUUCCAGAAAUUCCCUCAUCACAUGACUAUAUAUCCUCUUACCGGGAAAUCUUCUUCUCGCAUUCACAACUGGCGUCUGACCUGCAGCGCAUGAAAUCACCGUCCAAUCAGUACAGCCCUUCUCGAUCUUCAGAGUAAAUGCUUUAGCAAUCACAUUAUUUAUUCAAUGGCAUUAAUUGAUGCUGUCUGUAUUUAUCAGUACUGUUUGUUGCUUUGUUUUUUAUUGAACAUAUUAUUUUUUUAUUUGUUUUUGCGCAAUAUCCCAUGUUCAAUUAAAAUCCAGAUUUACUUUUUUUUUCUCCUCUCACUGCUAUACCCUCUGAUUACCGCUGUACCCCUCUGCUAUACCCCUUCUCACUGCUCUACCCCCUUUUACUACUCCAUCCUCCUCAUGCUAUCUCCUCUGCUUACCGCUGUAUCCCCUCAGUGCUGUUCUCCCAGAUUCCUGAUACACGCUGACCAUUAUUAAGAGAUACACGCUGCUUGUGUUGAUGUAAGAUGUAAAAGCCCAGAACUCCAUUUCUCUGCAAUGAGCCACUGCGGGUCCCAAAACCAUUGGAAACAUUGCAAACUACCGGCUCCCUAAUAAACAGAUUAAGACUUGAUCCUUUUUAAAAGCUCUAGGAAUUUGAAUCCUAAUCUGAAGGGUCUAUUAUUAACUUACUGUGCAGCGUGUUUAUUAAUUCAGAAUUUAUUGAAUUAGAAUCCCCCGCAGCUCCAUGAAGACCUUUAUGCAUCCUACUGUAUUUGCAAUGUAGAGGAUGGGAAGUGAUUUAUUUAUCAGACCAGCAAAGUUGAGAACUUUACAGCCGGUCAGUCUCUACCACUCUGCAGAGUUAUUCACUUGGGGUUCAGUCAGUCUCUACCACAUUGUAGAGUAAUUCACUGGGGGUUCAUUCAGUCUCUACCACUCUGCAGAGUAAUUAACUGGGGAUUCAGUCAGUCUCUACCAU